AUCAAAACCCUUUGAUUUCUCUCCACCAAUAAAUUCUUCAAUAAUUUCCUUUGUAAGAAAAUAACAUUUGAGCUACUCAAUAUAAAGAGCUUCCUAUCAAAGAACCGUUCAACCUUUCUUCUUCUUCUUCUUCUUCCUUCGAUCUUCUUCUGAUUUCGGGCCAUGGGUUCGGGUCUCGGGCCGGGCCUUCUCUGUUUCGCUCUGUUCGCAAUGGUGUCGGAGGGGUGCAAUAUGUUCAACGGAAGCUGGAUCGUGGAUGAGUCGUACCCGCUUUACGAUUCGGAAAACUGCCCGUUUAUAAGGAAGGAGUUUGAUUGUGUGAAGUAUGGGAGGCCUGAUAGGGAGUAUUUGAGGUAUAGAUGGCAGCCGGAUGGUGAGUGCGUGCUGCCGGCGUUUGAUGGGAUGGAGAUGAUGAGGUUGUGGAGGGGGAAGAAGGUUUUGUUCGUGGGGGAUUCAUUGAGCUUGAAUAUGUAUAAUUCGAUGCUUUGCUUGUUGUAUGCGGCUGCUCCGUAUGGGAGGUUGAACUAUGUUGAUAAUGGAGUCCUAUUUGAGGUACUCUCUCUCUCUCUCUUCUUUUCUCUCUCUUUUCUCUCUCUCUUCCUAUUUGAUGUACUCAAAGAAAGCUCACUAUAUUUUGGUUGUAGGUGGGAUUACAUUCAAGAUGGAGACCUAAUAGUGAAGGACAUGGACCGCACAUUAGCGUUCUCUAAAGCUCUAACUACUUGGGCUAAUUGGGUUAGAGCCACCAUUGACCCCUAUGAUAAGAAGGUUUUCUAUCAAGGAGUCUCUCCUUCCCAUUACCAUGGUAGUGAUUGGGGUAAAUCCUUCUCGAAGAGUUGCUCGGGAGAAUCAGAGCCGUUGGAUGGAUCAAAAUACAGAUAUCAGCAAUCGCCACAAGAAGCCAUAGUGAAAGAAAUAAUCCCGAGAGAAAUAGUCACAUUGCUCGACAUCACAUUUCUCUCAGAGCUGAGAAAGGAUGCUCAUCCUUCCAAAUACAGUGGAAUCAGAACCAGAAAUGACUGUAGCCAUUGGUGCCUUGCUGGCUUGCCUGAUACUUGGAAUCUGCUUUUGUAUGCGUUUCUUAUACAGUAAUUUUAUUCUGAUUUUUGCUUUCAGAAGAAAAAAAUAAAAGAGAGAGAGAGAGAAUAAAUAUAGAUUUUUUAUGGAGAGAAAUUUAAAUUUUCUAUUUUUUUUUUAUUUGGAAAAAAUGUGU